UAAUGCCUUAUGUAUCUAUAUGAUGCUGAGCCUGUACCUUUUCAAUUUUGAACUUUCAUAAUAUUUCGAAAAAACUAGCAAAAAACAAACAGAAAGUCUCCAUUGUAAUAAUAAAUUCCGAAAUUUCAAAACUCUUGAUUCGUUUUGGCUGGCUGCCACACAAUGACUACGUAAUGCCCAAUUAGAAAGCUUUCUUGAGCUCUGGCGAAAAUAAUAAUCAUGUACCACAACUUGCGUUUCAUCGCUAUUGAAUUCGUAAAGCUCGUCCCGUUUUAUAUAAGUUUGGUACUAUAUUUUACGCUGGUGCGUCAAGAUCAUGUGUGGGAACUAUGGACAACUGCGCUACGAUGCUUGCCCAUAGUGGCAUUGAUGUUUUAUGUUUCGAUCAAGGCGUUUGCGAUCAAAACGCACUACCGACGAUCCCAAUUGAUUUUAAUCGGCUUAAUGUUUUCCUGCGCUGCUGAUGUCAUGUACAAUUUGAUGUUAUUGACCUUGGGCAUGACCUGUUUGGGUGCGACACACAUUUGUUAUAUGUGCGCUUUUGGCUGGCAUCCGCUGAAGAUUGUUCUUGGAAUCUGUCUUUAUAUACCGGCCAUCGGUUCGAUUUUUUUCAUGGUUGGGCAUUUGAGUACGAUGCAACUAAUCGGUUUGUCCAUCUAUUAUACGCUGAUAACCAUCAUGUUCUGGCGUUCAUUGGUACUUGCCCUGCAUGUCAAGAGUUUCCUGACCUUCUUGGCUGCCGUAGGCGCUGCUCUGUUUAUCGCAUCCGAGGCGCUCACUGCAGUGAUCUAUAUAUUGAAAGUACGUCUGCCCUCUCCUCGGCUACAAGUCAUGAUAACCUAUUAUGCUGCCCAAUUUGCCAUUGCAUUGAGCACUGCCGAUGAGGGACGACUGCCCACGGAAUCCGAGCAGUAGGUAUCCGGGUUUGCAGCAGGCCAGUUUUUAAUAUAAUCAAAUUAGAGUCAAGAAUACAGAUUAAUUGGCUGUACAUUCUUUAUAUUAGCAAUAAAAAUACUAGUUACCAAAA